AUGUUGUUAUCGGAAGUUUUCCAAAGAGUUGAUAAUCGUGAGUUUGCUCGAAGUGCAAGCCGGAGCGUUGGUCGUGAUGGUUGUGAGCGUCGUAAGCAGUUCAUCAGUCCACUGCCUCACAAUUUCGUCGAUACCGUCUACUCGGUACGAAAUCCAUCACUGCAAACGGCACGAUCUGGAAGUGACAAUCAAAGAUUACUAGCUGGUGGCCCCGGUCUUACCCGAGACUUCAAGUUAGUUAAGCCAACAGAACUUGUAAACUUACGCCUCUAG